AUGCUCCUUCUCCUCAUCAGUAUGCUGCUGGCCUCGUCCCAACAGUGCGAGGGCUCCCCAACCUACCAGGAAGAAUACCGAAAUCCCAGCUAUGUCCCAAAUUUUAUCGAAACACCAUACGGCUACCAGAUUCUUGCACCCGAUACUCCAUAUGUGGCAGCAGCCAGCCGAAACCAAUUAUACUUUAUCGACACACGCCACGAUACUGCCAGUGCUCAGCAUAUCAAAAAUCAAAUUGAGAGAGCUAGUUUACCAAUCCCCGACGAGUACACCGCCAUAGACGAGUUUACAGCAACGGCUGAAAUCAGAAAUAGAAAAACCGGCGAAACGACAUUUGUCUUUGACCCUUCCUACUCUCGAGUUUUGUUUGCCAAGGGGAUAAACAAGCGUAAUCCGGAUCUCAAGUUACCUGAGCAUGAGCCCGCCGGCGAUGAGCUAGUGACCUAUGAUGUGGAUAGGAUAAUAGGUGAGACACAUCAUGCCUCAAGGAAUGAAAUGAAGACAAAUAUUCUUUAA